AUGGAGCUGGCUCUUAAUAAGACAUCGUCCUGCGUGGACUGUUGCAAUGAUUGUACUCUUAUGUCCUGCUGCUCUGCCGCUGCCUGCUGCGACGCCAGCUGCGAAGCCAGCUGCGCAUUAAUUCAACCCGAUCCUGUCAGAUAUGAAUACGAAGAACCUGAAGAGAAUUUCGUCUCCAUAGAUGAUGUUAAAAUUAAGGGAUUUCUUUGGAGAAUCGGUCAGCAACAGCAAGAAAAGGAGUUGGAAAUAAAGAGAAUAAAGGAUCAAGAGAAAAAGGAGAAGGAAAGGAGGGAAGCAGAGGUGCGAAAAUACCAAAAAGUAAUCGAAUUGGAUGACGAGGAGGUCCAACCAGCUAAGGGUUUGAUUAUCAGCGCAGCCAGGAGUCUAGCACAUUGGAAUUCAUCCAUAAAAAGGAUAUCCCCAGAUUUUGAACUUAUUCCCAGGCAAGGGCACAGGAUUGUAGCAGAAAUCGAACUAAGCGAUAGUGAUCAGGAUCCAAUUAGCGAAGCAGAGGAAGAGGUUAAUCUCCCAUCAAAUACUGUUCGUUGUGUCUUGAACGAGCAGAAGCAGAAGGAAAGCCAGGUUCCGAGUCCCCAGGAGCAGGUCAUCAUCGUGCACUCCGACCAAGAAGAGGAGCAAGAGCCAGAAGCAGUGAUCAGGAAGAAACCUUCAACCUCGAGGAGAUCAGCGAAGAAACGUCCAUAUGUUAACAGAAGAGGACGUCAUCUGUUCGAGUGUCCUGAUUGUGGGAAAAAAGUGCAAUCUAACUACAAUCUAAGACGACAUAUGAUGAUACAUACAGGGGAGCGACCUUUCCCAUGCGACCUAUGCGAGCGUCGUUUUCGGGAGUUUAGUGAUCUGAAAAAGCACCGCCGAAGGCACUCACAUGAUCCCCGAUUCAUCUGCAUGAUCUGUCACUUGGGGCAACCUUUGGAGCAGGACUCCACUAGGUGUGUGGACUGUGAGAGCAAGAAUCUUAUGGUUAAGCCCCAGCCAGAGGAGUUGGGCGACAGAACGGUGGAGGACCAUCCAGAGGAAAUGGAAGAAGACGAGGAGGAAGUUGAAGAAGAGGACGAGCCAGAAGAAGAGAUGCAGCCACAGCCAAAAGUACCACCAACUUUGCUGGUUACUUUAAUACCACCUAUUCAAUCUCCACCAGAAAAGGUUCCUCAUGCCACGCAGCCAAGUCGUCCCCCACUUCCUCGGAGUUGCAGUAGCGCCAACUCCUCAUCUUCUUUGAGCAAUGAUGGAAAUAUAUCGGGAAAGCCAGUAAAUCGCAGUCGGAGAUCUUAUCCCUGCCCUUUAUGUCAUCGUCCAUUCGGAACUCGGCACAAUCUUAAACGCCACUAUAUGAUCCACACUGGAGAAAAGCCUUUCAGCUGCUCCAAGUGCAGAAAACCAUUUAGGGAGUGUUCCACUCUCAAAAAACACAUGGUCACUCAUGUCAGAGAUCGCUGGUAUAAGUGUCUUAGAUGUCCCUCGAAAUUCAGAGACUAUCUGGAGUAUGCUGAUCACAAAACCAGUCAUCUGGAUCAAUUGAGGACUCCUUCUUCCACAUACGAAAGUGAAGAUGAUGGUGAUAGUUCUAUAGAAGACUGCCUAGAAUGCUGCGAAUGUCAUCAGAGAUUUACGGAAUUGGAUGCUUAUACCGCACAUCUCAAGCAGCACGACUUGGAGUUGUACGGGAUGAGUGUGGAUGAUGUAGUGGACGAGGAGCAAGACGAAGUGGAUGUUGCAUAGUUAAAGGGAACUUUUAUUUUAAUAUACUUAAUAAUCUAUAAAUAUUUUUUAAAUGUUUUUAAAACUCAUCUAUUGAGAAUCAUAAAAUCUCAAUCAACAUCAAUAAUAAUAAUAGGAUUAUACAUCUUAGAUCAGAGUCAAAAUCUAAAUAAGGCUUUAAGCCAUUAAGCAUCCUAAAAACAUUCCCCUUCUUAAACAGUAAUCACAUGGAGGAAUUUAUCUCACUAUAUAAGAUGUUUCCA